UGUACAGAAGCAGAAGCAAAAGCAGCUCCAUGCUCCAUCCAUCUCCAAUAAGUGGAAGGUCCGCAGCGGCUCUCCUUCCCUGUGCAGCUUGACCGCUCAAAGUUUGAAAAAAGUUCGGUCUGCAUUUGUUCUUUGAAACUUGCUCCUCCUUAUCCGUUUGCGAAUAACGUCAAUAUAAACAAUUACCUCUGCUCUUGUUAAAUCCAUCCGAUCUCAAAAGACCCUUUAAUGACCACCUAUCGUGGCGAUUCCAUUGUCUCAGUCCAGCAACCAAGCUCCCGUGGCCCAAAGCGCACUAACAACAACACUAAUCCCUCCCACCAAUGCAACUGAAAUAUAGCGCCAACUCCCCACCACCGUGACCACCCUCUUAACAAACCUCGGGAAUGAACCGCGUCCGCGAUCCAUUCAACCUCCACAACCUCACCUUAAACCGGCCGGGUACCAUUGCCGCCAUCAACAUCCUCCGCGCAACCGCCACCACUGCCGCCACCGAGUUCCGCGACCGCGCCGAAAAAGCCGCCGCGAGCGCCGCCCAACAGGCCGUCGAGACCGCUGCCAAAGCCGCCGAGUUCGCAGAGCAGGCUGCUGAACGCACGCGCGACGCCAUCGGCGCUGUAGCCGAAGCCGCCGAAGCCGCUGCCAAGGAAGUCGAGAGGGCGCUUGAUCAGGGCUUUCAGAGCCAGUCAGACUUAGAGCAGGGUGUGUUACUGCCGGCUGCUGAAGAGCCACCAGAAGAGGAGGACAUAGAGGACCAGAUGGCCUCUUUCUCGAUCCCACGACACGUGCCGUCGUUUACGGACCCCGUGCGCCAAGCUGAAGACCGAUUGUGGGCUGCCACCCGCCAACGGGCAGGCCAAGGAGCCGGAGGAGGGGUACUAGGAGGAGUACAAGAUAAAGUCGGGGGGUUCCUGAACCCAGAUCGAACAUCGUUACCCAUGUAUAAGGAUAAACCGUAUGGAUACGGUCCAGGCGGGGGGAGACCCAGGCCGCUGUUGAGGAAAAAGAGGGUGUUGGGGUUCUUGACGUUGGUGGUGCUGGGGCUCUUGUGGUUUACAGGCUUCUUUGAUGAGCAUCAUGAGCGAGCGGUGGCGAAGCUGGGGGAUUGGGGGUGGUUGAGCUCGGAUACGAAGGCGAGGAGUAAGGCUGAUUGGUUGAGGAGGAGGGAGAGGGUUGUUGAGGCUAUGGAGCUGAGUUGGGAUGCUUAUGAGAGAUAUGCGUGGGGUUAUGAUGAGUUUCACCCUGUGUCGAAAACGGGCCGGAAUAUGGCCCCCAAGGGUCUGGGUUGGAUCAUUAUCGAUUCGCUAGACACCUUGAUGAUCAUGAACCUGACUUCGCGGGUCACUCAUGCCCGAGAAUGGAUCUCCAAGUCGUUGACCUGGGAUCAGGACCAAGACGUCAACACCUUCGAGACCACCAUCCGCAUGUUGGGCGGUCUCUUGUCGGCCUACUACCUCAGCACCGAGUACCCGAACCUAGCACCCAUCACCGACGACGACAUUGGUGCCCCCGGUGAGGACCUUUAUCUUGAAAAGGCCCGCGACCUCGCCGACCGGCUCAUGUCCGCCUUUGACACGCCCUCCGGCAUCCCCUACGCCAGCGUCAACCUCGGUAAAUUCCAAGGCCUGCCCUCGCACGCCGACAACGGUGCCUCCUCCACCGCUGAAGCCACCACCCUCCAGCUCGAGUUCAAGUACCUCGCCAACCUGACAGGCGAAAAGGACUUCUGGGACCGCUCCGAAAAGGUCAUGCAAGUGCUAGACGACAACCAAGCCCCCGACGGCCUCGUGCCCAUCUACAUCCAGCCCAGCACGGGGCACUUCCACACUUCCAACAUCCGUCUGGGCUCGCGCGGCGAUUCCUACUACGAGUACCUGAUCAAGCAGUACCUCCAAACGAAAAAGGCCGAACCCGUCUACCAAGACAUGUGGAACGACGCUCUCCACGGCAUCCGCAAGCACCUCGUCACCUACACUGAGAACUCGGGCUUCACCAUCGUCGGCGAACGUCCCAACGGUCUCAAGGGAAAUCUCUCCCCCAAAAUGGACCACCUCGUCUGCUUCCUCCCCGGCACCAUCGCGCUCGCCGCCACCGAAGGGCUUUCGGAGCGCGAAGCGCGCAAGAAGCCUGGGUUCUGGAACAAGCAGCGCGAGGCAGACAUGAAGCUCGCCCGCGAGCUGGUGCAGACCUGCUGGGGCAUGUACCGGUACAUGGCGACGGGGUUAGCAGCCGAAAUCACCUACUUCAAGAUCCCCUCCGACCCCCUUCCCGAGUCUUCCUCGCAGCAUACCAGCCCGCCAGACUCCAUCUUCGACGACCCCGCCGGCCCUGAGGCGACCUGGCGCAAAGAUUACGAAGUCCACCACUUCGACGCGCACAACCUCCAACGGCCCGAAACCGUCGAAUCGCUCUUCUACAUGUACCGCAUCACGGGCGACGUCAAGUACCGCGAGUGGGGGUGGGAGAUGUUCAAGUCGUUUGUCAAUUAUACGGCGGUCGAAGACGGCGGCGGGUUUACGAGCUUGUCGAAUGCGAACGUGAUCCCCCCCGUGACCAAGGAUAAUAUGGAGAGUUUCUGGAUGGCGGAGACGCUCAAGUACUUUUAUUUGCUGUUUAGUCCGGAGGACUUACUGCCGCUCGAUAAGGUCGUGUUUAAUACCGAGGCGCAUCCGUUGCCGGUUUUUGAGGUGGGGAGGUUGUUGAAGACUGGGUGGGAGAGGAAGGCGAGGACGGGGGAGACGAAGAGUGCGUAAGUGAGGGAGGGAGGAUGGGAGGAUGGGAGGAUGGGAAUGGGCAUGAGAGUGGGAAGUUGGUUGAUAACAGGAGGGGAGGAAAACCAAAACAGAGGAGAACAGGGAUUAGGGAGAAGGGGUGAAUGAAGUUAAAAGUAUAUAUACUUUUCUAUGUAAUAGGUAGUGUGAUAAUGAGUGGAUGAGUGGAUGAGUGGAUGACUCGUUUUACUGUUUGUGGGUGUUCAAUGUACAUAGCUUUAUCUGCUACACCCAAAAAGUCCUGAUUUCUUUGCUCUCG